GGUGACUGCCCAGCAGGAGAACCGGAAGGGGAACUGGAGGAACCUGUGUCUGCUCCAGGGUAGGAUUUGCUAACUCUCUGUCACAGCCUACAUCAGUGGGAGCCAGGAGCAUCCAUAGCUUGUGGUGGACCUGCUGUGCUCAGAGCAUCCUAUGGUGGUGCCAGUGUCUCGCUCUGUGUCCUGGCAAGGUGAUGGACAGCAGAGCAGAGAUGGAGGUUGUGAGAAGCACGAAGGGGAACACCGCUGGGGAGGUCAGCGUCCACGUGGUCACCACCGAGAGCACUGUGCAGAGCACCCACCUGCCAACAACUGCCUUCAUCAUACCAGCAAACGCCACUGCCAUCAGCCUUCCCACGAGCACCUUAGAAAUCCAGCGAUUCCCCCGGGAACCACAGAGAAGCACAGGAGCCGAGAGGCCAGAGAGGGGAGCAGGGAGUGAGCCCAUCACAGCUACUGUCAUUCCCCAGAUCAGUGGGGUGCAGACCUGCAGCACAGUCCGUGUGCUGGAGUGGAAAGAUGGGGUGGCUACUUUGCCUGGGAGUAACCUGCGGUUCCGAAUUAAUGAGUACGGGACGCUGAAGGUAGUGAGUGCUGAUAAGAUGCCUCCAGUGGAAGCUGUAAAGGAGGGUCACACAGAGAAAGAUGGGGACCCAGAGGUGGCACCCACCAGCAGGGACAAUCCUACUGUGGCUCAGGAUGCGCCAGAGCAGACCAAGCUUCCAACAGCAGAAAGCAUGUGCCACUGUGAUACCUGUGGUCGCAGGCAUAUGUCAGAUGGAGCCCGGGAAGGCAGAGGCUUCUGCAGCGAACACUGUCACCAGCAGUUUAAAGAGAGGUCUGUCAUUGUGGAAAACUCUGCCAGCAGCACCAAUGCCACUGAAAUCCUCAAGCCAGUGAAGAAACGAAAGAGGAAGGAUUACCAGAGCCCUUCAGAGGAAGAAUACGAAUCAGAGCAAAUGGAAGAAAAGCAGGAAGAGAGGAAAAUCUCUACUGAGGACUCUGCCAUCAACAUCCCAGAGGCUGAUGCAUGGAACGGGAGCCAGCACGGUGCCAGUGAGGAGAAGAAAGAAGGCUGGUCUUGGGCGUCCUACUUGGAGGAGCAGAAAGCUGUCGCUGCCCCUUUAAAUCUCUUCCAGGAUUACCAAAUAGCUUCCCAGCACAAGAAUGGCUUUAAAGUGGGGAUGAAGCUGGAAGGGAUUGAUCCACAACACCCAUCUAUGUACUUUAUCCUGACAGUGGCUGAGGUGUGCGGUUUCCGAAUGCGCCUCCACUUUGAUGGCUACUCGGAGUGCCAUGAUUUCUGGCUGAAUGCUGACUCCCCUGAUAUCCACCCUGCUGGCUGGUUUGAGGAGACUGGGCACAAACUCCAGCCCCCAAAAGGGGUUGUAGGUUAUAAGGAAGAAGAAUUCAGCUGGACAAACUACCUGAAGAUAACAAAGGCUCAGGCAGCUCCUAAGCACCUCUUCAUGGUCCGAAAUGCUCACGAGGCUUCCCCAGGCUUUGAGGUGGGCAUGAAGCUGGAAGCUGUUGACCGCAUGAACCCUUCCCUCAUCUGUGUUGCCACAGUGACUGACGUGGUGGACAAUCGCUUUUUGGUGCACUUUGACAACUGGGAUGAUACUUAUGACUACUGGUGUGAUCCCAGCAGUCCAUACAUCCACCCAGUUGGAUGGUGUCAGGAGCACGGCAAACCCCUCACACCUCCUCAAGAUUAUCCUGACCCUGACAACUUCACCUGGGAAAAGUACCUAAAGGAAACUGGUGCAUCUGCUGUCCCAGCUUGGGCCUUUAAAGUGCGUCCACCCCACGGCUUCCUGGUCAACAUGAAGCUAGAGGCAGUGGACAGGAGGACUCCGUCCUUCAUCCGCGUGGCCAGUGUGGAGGACGUGGAAGAUCACAGGAUAAAGAUCCAUUUUGAUGGCUGGAGUCAUGUCUAUGAUUUCUGGAUUGAUGCAGAUCAUCCGGACAUCCACCCCAUAGGCUGGUGCUCAAAAACUGGACACCCACUGCAGCCUCCUCUCAGGCCAAAGGAACCAGCCUCCUCUGCCCAUGGGGGCUGCCCAACGCUGGGCUGCAAGAGCAUCCCUCACACCAAGAGCUCCAAGUACAGCUUUCACCACAGGAAGUGCCCCACACCGGGAUGCGAUGGGUCAGGACACGUGACUGGGAGAUUCACAGCCCAUUACUGCCUCUCAGGGUGCCCGCUGGCAGAGAAGAACCAGGGCAGGCUGAAAGCAGACCUGUCCGACAGUGAGGCCUCGGCUCGCAAGAGGAACCUCAUUGGCUUCUCUCAGCGAAAGAAGUCUCGGCACCAUGGGAGAGGGCGACCUCCAAAGUACCGGAAGAUCCAGCAGGAAGACUUCCAGACUAUUCCUUCAGACAAUAUGCACCAGUCACUCUUCAUGUCUGCGCUCUCUGCACACCCCGACCGCUCGCUCUCGCUCUGCUGGGAGCAGCACUGCAAGCUCCUGCCUGGGGUGGCCGGCAUCACAGCAGCCACAGUGGCCAAGUGGACCAUCGAUGAGGUCUUUAGCUUUGUUCAGACUCUGACUGGUUGUGAGGACCAAGCCAAGCUCUUCAAGGAUGAGAUGAUCGAUGGCGAGGCCUUCCUGCUGCUGACGCAGGCUGACAUCGUCAAGAUUAUGAGUGUCAAGCUGGGCCCCGCACUCAAGAUCUACAAUGCCAUCCUCAUGUUCAAGAAUGCUGAUGAUACCUUAAAGUGACUUUUCUUCACCCAGCUGGGACCCUCUCUUAGCAUCGGUGCUGCCAAACUGGUCAGGACAGAGAUUCCCCCUGACCGACCACGUCUUGUCAUGUCCUGCUCAUGUCCUCUUGGGUGCUGCAUCUCUGCUCUCCCACCAGUCCAUCUCCCAUCCUCUCCUUUCCACUCUACACUGCCCUUCUCCUCCAGCGCCGAGCAAAGGCUGGCCCCAAGCCUCGGGGGGGCUGCAGGGCAGAGGGUUGAUGUGGGAAUGGCCUCUCUUAGUGUGACAGCAGCACCCAGUGUCCCGCUGUGAGUGCACUGAUUCGGGGCAGUGGUGAGGCACAGGGGAGCAGUGUGGAGGGUGUAGCAGCUGGGGGCUGACACCACCAGUCAAAUCACCCAGGUAAGGGAAGGACUGACUGUCUCUGUAUGUCCUUGCACCCGUUUAAAGGCCGGUCUUGGCUUUGCUCAGCAGCUGAGAGAGGUUUUCAUUUUUCACCCCAGUGUGUUCCUCUGGGGGGCUCGUGCUGACAUUGUUUCCAAGGGACACUCUCGAGGAGCUUCUGCUCACUUUGCCUUCGUCUUUGCAUUCCUUUGACUUUCCCAUUCCAAGGCCAGAUGAUGACUUUUCUUUGCUCCUUCACUGCGCUGGGGACCAGUGGCCCAACUCUUGCGCCUUCCAAGGAGCACCAUGUCCUGGCUGCAGCUCUGCCUCAAACCAGUGUCUCUGCUUUAUUCCUCUUUACAGUAAUGCAGCACUCCAGGGCCCUACAGGGCCUGGGUUGGUGAGUGCAGAGCAAGCUUUAUUUCCUCUUGGGCUUCAGGCUGUCUUGGCCAGCACAUCUCUGGGAGAAAGGAUGCUUGGUUAACUUGCUCCCCUUGCAGCAAUUAGAAAAUGCUCUGCAAGGGAGAUUUGGACCCUCUUUGUUUCAGGUAUUGGGAACAAGGCCCUUUCUAGAGCAGAGACAGCUGCCAAGGAUAAGAAGCAUCCAUUCCUCCAUAGGCACAUUUGUUUCUGAAGGUGGUACUGAGUUGGCUGACUCAAUCCUGCCAAGCCACCUUUUCCCCCUAUUUUGCCUUCAAAAGGCCCCCAGGUUUUGCUGUUUGAAGAGCAGGAUCCUCUGCUGGUCCUGGAUCCCUCACCAGCAGACCUAGAAGAGAUUCAGCAGUUAACUGGGUUUCUUUCUGUCCCUUCAGUAGCGUAAUAUCUUUUCAACAAGGGUGCAGGCACUUUGGGAAUGCUGUCCCUUGUAAUGGAGUCCAGGACUCCAAAGCCAGGAAAGCCUCCAUGCCUGGGGGUCCUGGCAGACCUACAGUGAUGUGAUCCGAGUCCCACAUCCACUUUCUUUCCCAUUCCCAAGAACAACAUGUCGGUAGCAAAAUGUUCUUUUCCCCUUUCCCAGUGCCCAAAGACAGGGAUGAAGAGAUCUUAGCAAGUGCACCAGCAAUGUGCUUUGGAGCAGCACUGCCUUGGGAGCCACUGUCACCCCUGGGUCAAUCUGUUCAAGGCUUCCCAUGGAAAUGUAGCACUUUGACUCUGUUAUUGAAUAUUUGGGGUCACCUUUGACCUGCUCUUGAGACGUCUUGAGACAUCUGCUGCUUGCUCUUCACACAGGACUUGCAACUACUCCAUGUAUUUGUCUUGUCAAUGCUUGGGUUUGAUUUAGGCAGCUCUCCCUCUCCUUUCCUUUUGUAUGUUCUUCCACCUCUUCAAGCACUGCAUUGUGGCCAGCUGUGGAGAGAAGGGGAGUGGGAAUAACAGCCGUGUCUCUGGCUUCCACACUCACUCCCCAAAUCACCCUUGAUCCACAGUAAAUGGUCCUAACGUUGGUCUCUUCACUUGAUGGGGAGUCUCUUUUGGGGCCACUGUGUACUGAGGUGGAAGAAGAGGAGCCCUGGAGCCUUCAGCUGUGAGACUGCACAGUGCCAGCACUCUCCAGGUGGGAUCUGGAAUGGAACAGCUCCUUUCACAGGAUGUGGUUAUUGAGCUUGUGAGGAAUCAUCUUACGAAAGCAUCCUAUUCUGGCCUGCUCCAUGCUGUCAUGCUAACUCAUUCCUCCUAUUGGGGAAGGGACUAAGCCCUGCCCCGGGUGCUGGGAGAGGAGAUGCUACCCUGGUAUUGGAUCUGAACCAGUGUGAAGGAUGGAGAGCCUCGUGCUGCCCUGCAGAGCACAGGUGGUGGCGAGCUCAGAAGAUCCCUCCUGGAGGGGAAGAGGAGCCAAGAGCCACACCAUGGCAACCACCAGCAGCAGCUCUUGCUAUACUGUUGGGUGCGAUAAAGCCAUGCUCUGCCUGGGCACCAGCUCUGCCCAUGGGGUGCUGCCUUACUUUGGGCUCUUGUGAUCUCCCUCUGAGCAAGCAUCACAAACCAAGGUGCUCCCCUUGGCUCUGGGGCCUGGCUGUGCGGUUGGACCCAGGUCUCUGUUCAGGGAGGUGCUGCCAGGAAAACUGGCCCCACAGGAAGGGUGAUGCGAGGCCUCUGUCACCCACACUUACCCGCUGUCUCCAGCAUCACUUCAUCAGCCUCUUGGGCCAGCUCAGCCAUUUGGGUGCAAAGCUUCUGGAUUCAUCUGGGUGAGAGUUACAGGGUUUUUAGGUGGUCAAGGGCUAUUUACUGUUAAAACUUAGAACCUUCUUCUUGUUUUCUUUAAAACCAAACCAAACCCAAAGCAUUGUGUGUGUGUGUGUGUGUGUGGAUGGGUGUUUGUGGAAGUACCACGACACCAUUUCCCCUGCUGUUUGUGCAUUGCUGUUUUAAUGUAGUGCUCUCUGUGGCUGUGGAGGCAGCAGGCUCUGGGCCAGGGUCUUGGGUGCUGUGUCCUCUGGGAGCAGAAGUUGUCUGUGGUCCCAGCAGGAAGUCAGGAGAAGGAAGGUUUGCUGCACCCCUGGCCUCGGCAGCACCAUCACCACAGAGCGUUGACUGGGAGUCCCCCUCAGGUUGCAUUGAGGGCAGCUGUGACCAAGGCAGAAGCACCAAAGUUUUUCAUCCUUCCCCUGUUGCCCAACCAAACUCCUCAGGGGGAUGUUCCCUGCCGGGUCACCGGGGUGCUGGAGAAGGACAGUGGGGCUGAGUGUGGCCACAGCUUCCUCGCUGGGGUGCUUCUGAGAGCUGUGGCUGCAGCCAACAUUGCCAAGUCAAUGAGGAGCUGUUCAAGUCAUGGGUUUGUGGGUAGAGGCCCCCAGCCUGUGCUCCUGCCACUCUUGUUGGCUUGGGGAGAUGUCCCACCAUGUGCUCCAGACUCGGGCACAAAGUGUCUUUGGGGAUGCAGGUGUCUUGGGGCAUGGGAGCAGUUGGAGCAUCUUCCUCUGCAUGGAAAUGGGCAGCAUCGUGGUGGUGCGAGGCCACGGUCUCCAUCUCCAUGAGAGCAGGCAGGAGCGUGGCCAUGCCGGCCUCUGCCUUCCCUUGGUGCCUUCCACGUCCAUCACAGGCACUUUGAGAUAAGGCAGAAACCCUCCAGAUGGCCUCAAAGGGAUGGCAGAGAUUUUGCAGUGGCAAAGCUGGGGCUGUGAGUGCAGCUGAGGGAGAGCAGGAGGGAGCUGGGAGAGGGAUGUGACUCAGCCACUUCGGUUCCUCUCUCAACCGCUGGGAGGGGAGGGAAGGCGCUGGGGGCUGCGGCUUGGUUCCUUCCUCCACUCCACCCCUUCCCUCUGGGGCCGGUGCCUGCUCAUCCCUGCAGGGGCACAGGGGAAGGGGCAGGAGCAGGGUUCUGGCAGCAGAAACUUUUUUGCACUU